AGCAGAUUCAUUCAACAUAGGCCACAGCUGCCAGGUAGUGUUCUGGAGUCUCCACGGCCAUUAUGCCGGCCGUGAGGGCUACAAGACAUUGGUCGACCGCAGGUGAAGACUGGUUUUGAUACGACCAUCAAGAUUGAACCAUGUGGUUAUCUGGACGCGAUAGUCAUCAUUCCGGACAUCGUACGCCUCAUCAUAGCUCAUCGCAUCGUCAUUCGAGCGAGGCUCGAGAACCAGCAUAUGCUACAAAAUCAAGUUCAUCACAAUCCGAUGGAUCUUCGGUGUUCGUAGAAGACCGCAGAGGAGACAGGCGAAACUUGGAGUAUGCCUCCUUGGAUCGUUACGCCAUCCCACGAUAUCAUGCCGCUGGCGGAGGUGCAUUAAUUGGCCUCGGUCCUAAUUAUCGCAUCAUCUCGAAAUCUGAUGCUCGUCGCGAUGUUCAAAAUGUCGAGCUGGACUCGACAAGAAAAUCGCGCAAGCAGUCUCUUCUCUCAAGCGUUGCCAGUGAAGAUGGGCCGCUCAUCAAAGCUCCCAUCCGUCCUGGCGAUGAUGACGAUCUAUGUAAGGACUUCUUGCAUUUCCAAGAUCGCCGUGCCAGGAAGAGGCGCCGCAUUUCGACCGAAGCAGAGCCAUCCAUUUCUGAAGAGUCCAGCGACGAGCCUGACCAUGAGAUCAAAUCAAAUGGCGAUCACCACGAGGAUCCGUUUGACGCUUUCAAGAAAGAUCCUGUCCAUCAACGUCAUUUGGAGCUUUCAAAGGCUACGAUGGAGCGACCUGACGAUGCGAAGACCUGGCUUGACUUCAUCGAUUACCAGGCUGUUUCUUUUAGUGGUCGCCACGAUGACCAAAACACUCACACAGCUCCAUCGCGGAGCCUCGCCGAGUUAAGGAUAUCGCUUUACGAACAGGCAUUGUCCCAUGUGAAUGACCAGGAAGGUCGGCAUACUCUGAUUCUUGGCUUAAUGCAAGAAGGAAGUAAGGUGUGGGAUGUCCAAAAACAAGCAUCGCAAUGGCAAGCCUUUCUCGACAAACAAUCAAGUUUCGACCUGUGGGUUCUAUAUUUGAACUUCAUGCAAAGUAACGCGUUAAAAUUCAACCUGGAAACAUGUCUGGCAAUUUACAAGCGCUGUCUGCAGAAGGUCCAGUCAAGGACAGAUGAUCCUACAAGAGAGUCGAGCUGUAUCUACCUCCUGCUCCGCCUUACCUUACUUCUUUGGCAAGCAGGCUUUACUGAGCGAGCUAUCGGCGUCUGGCAAGCCCUGCUGGAAUACAACAUUUUCCGUCCAGGUCAACUUCUGCCACCAGACCUCAUGCCAUUUUUUGAGCAAUUCUGGGCGUCCGAGGUGGCACGGAUCGGGGAAGAGGGAGCGACAGGGUGGGUUUCAAAUGCCAGUCCGGAGCCUGAGCCGCGAGCAGACAAAGAGCACUCUCCAGUUCCACUCCUAGACUUCGCUGCGUGGGAAGCAGCGGAGACCGACCUCGAGCGGCAUGCAGGUUUGCCUGCCAGGGCUCUGGACGAAGUCAGCGAUGAUGAUCCGUACCGAAUCCUGCUAUUUUCUGAUAUCAAGGAGUUUAUCUUUUCUAUCGCCUCCAGACAAGGUCUUACGCUGCUUCAGGAUGCUUUUCUGUUAUUCGUUGGCCUGCCACCCUGUUCAUUUCUGCCAGAACCCAGGAACUGGAGAACAGACCCUUUCAUCUACAGUCCGGCUCUAGCCAGCUCAAGAUUUUUUUCAAUGGAUGACACUCAAAAUGAGCCCCUCGGAACUAAUGGGCCGCUUCACGGUGUGCAUUUCGGGCUCCAGGGCGUGUUGUCCUAUGCGAACAGCUUAUAUGGAUCUUGCGGGAGAGUUGCGCAUUACUUCAUAUAUUUCGUCCGUCGAGCCGUGUCACAAUUGGCAAACGCGACACUCCAGACUGAACAGAACGAUACGAUGAUGGAGUAUGCUGUUGCACUUGAGGCUGGUAUUGACACCAAGUCGGCUCGAAAGCAAGCGAAGAGGUUUCUCAAGAAGAAGCCUGACAGCCUGAAAUUAUACAACACAUACGCCUUGUUGGAAUGUAAGCUUGGCAAUUUCGAGAAUGCAGAAAAGGUCUGGUCGACUGCGUUGUCUAUGCGUGGGGAGCUUGGCUCAGGAGCCCAACAUGAUGCCUCCAUUCUAUGGAGAGAUUGGUCCUACUCAUAUAUGGCUUUGAAGGAGUUUCACAAGGCCAGGACGUUGCUAAGCAUGGUAACGACCGCGAACAUCGACCUGGGUCAUUUUCAAGCCGAAGUUGCAAGACAUACGAGUCCCUCCGUGGCCUCACAGAUCAAAGUCGAACAGUAUAUCAAGUCAGAGUUCGAAGCGAGCAGGCUUGCAGGCAACGCUCAACUCCUACCAGUGUGGGCUGAUGUUCUAGCCAUACACAGGUACCUCAAUAGCGGCCUUCGCUUGGAUGCGGCAGUAGAAGCAUAUGAUGGCUUCCUGCAUGAAGUCACCAAUAUCGCAGAUCAAGAGCCCACAGUUGUGGAGACCAUCCAUGUAAAUCGAGCACGUCUCCUAUACGCUCAUGCAACGGUAUUUGGUCAGCCGUUCAGGCCCAAGGAGUGCUAUCAGCUUUUGGCAGAGUCGAUGCGUACGUUCCCACUCAAUGUCGAUAUUCUCUCCUUGCAUCACUUCUUCUCUCAAAAAGCCGGAUUGAUGGACCGUCUUCGGCAGCUGGAUUCCACAACGAUAGGGCAAACCCCGUCAAUCAAGAGUGACAGGAGCGUCAUUCGAUGCGUGUUCAGUCUCCUAGUUGAGCUCGAGAGACCUUCCUAUGCAGGAAGCACCGACCAUAGCCACCGGGCAGCCUUCAAGCGAGCCACAGAACGAGGGUCAGCAGGCAUUCAUUGCGUGGAUAUAUGGAAGAAAUACAUCUUAUGGGAGAUCAGUCUCCUUGGUGACGAAAAGCAGCCAAGGCCAAGCAAAGACGUUCUGCAAAUGGAUAGACGGCCUCGAAGAGAUAGAAUGCUCACUGAGACUUUCUACGCAGCACUGCGAGCUUGUCCCUGGUCAAAGGACCUCUACAUGAUUGCUUUCAAGGAAAGGACCUUGCGGGAGGCUAUUGGUGAGGAGCACCUUAGGCACUUAUACGAGAGCAUGAUGGAGCGAGGGUUGAGAAUACGUCUUGACAUAUCAAACUGGUUUGAUGGGAAAUGAAUGGCGCGCCUUGAAACCAUGAAGGCUGCGAGGUUCAAAAGGCUCUU